UGAGAAAUCCAUUUUUUUUUUUUUUAUUGUUUCAGUAGAUUAAUUUCUGAUUAGAUUAAUUUAUGAUACUUUGUGAUUACUCCCCCUCCUCCUUUCCAACUUUCAAAACUCUGUAUCAGUCAAGCCGAAAGCCUACAUGAAAGGGGAGGCGAAUUUUAUUUAUGUGUGGUAACUUUCACAAGGGCCUGGGAUACCAUUUUUAAUUAUUAUAAUGAAAUGAGUUCGGUUAUACAAUCUGUUUCGUUUCGGUGUUUCAUUUCGUUUUGGUAGAUUUCGUUUCGAUUUCGCACUUUAUGGGUACCUCUUCUAAAUGCCGAACGUUUGGUGAGGGGAAAAGCACCACACAUUUCAACGUCCAUGGAUAGAGGGUAGCUCAAAGCGAACCCCCUCACUUCUGAGCUGCCAUGGCCGGUAUUCUGAAAGGGGGUUAGAAUGUUAUAUUUGAUACCGAGUAUAGGAAUAUUUCAUAAAUCGAAACACAAUCACGUGAAAAAUAAAUAAAUGAAUAAUAAUAAUAAUAAUGAAAAACACCGAGGAAAGGGAAGUUUGAGAAUAGGAAUUAAAAAAAAAGAAGAAAAAUCACUAAAAAGAGCUUUAUUUAUCAUUUCUAAUUCUCUGAAUUAAAUUUAUAUAUCAAAUCAUACAUGUAUGGUUUUACUCUUAUCAAAAUUCUUUACAACCACCUCUUUAAGCAAGACAAGGAUAGGUCUCGUAAUUCUGUUUACUGUGAAAUUCAACACUUAUUGGGACACCAGAUUGAAAUCUUCCCACAAUGCAACACAAUAAUCAUUACACCGCACACUUUAGUAUUUAUCUUAAUGUAUUUGUCCUGUGUUUAACCUUCCAGAAACAUUGAUAAGCUCAUCAUAAAAACACAAUCAGAGCAGUUUACAUUAAAACACGAUCGCUCGCUAAUUUUUUUUAUGAGCCUCUUAUACAAUACUUUAUUGGUUAGUCUAUAAACCCCAUCCAAAUCACAUCCGAUGUCGAGUAUGACUGUGACAUAGUCACAGUUCUUUAAAUCCGCACUUCGGUUAAGAAAGGAUCGAAACGCACCACGUCUCUGAAACUAACAACACCGGCGCGUGCGUUGUAUAUUCACAGAGCGCGGGAAAAUAGAUAGUUUACACUUUACCGGACAAUCAGAUGUUAACCGCCCUUUGAUCUCGUACAGAAGUGGUACAAAGACUACAUUAAUAUUUUUUUGAAAGCACCUGCUGUAUCGAUUUAAAGUUUGUUGGAUUUGUAGUGCGGCCGAUCUUGUCCUUAGUGUAUGGAUGUAGAGCAUGGGAUGGAUAGUUCUGGAGUCUGGACAACGUGAUUGAACGUAUAAGAAAAGAAUCAUCGGCACCAUGUCGUGGAAUACAACAGAUAAUGACACAGCCAUAUUCAGUCCACCGGAAAUACCAAUCUGGGGAUUCUGGGUAAAGCAAGUUGCGUCCCCUAUCAUUACUGUUGUCGGUUUAACCGGAAACACUUUAUCUUUCCUGGUAAUGGGAUGUUCUAAGAGAUUGCGUAAACGGUCCUACAGUCAGCUUCUGUGUAUGUUAGCUGUAUUCGACAGCCUCAACCUGGUGAUCAAUCAAAUAGAACUGAUCGAUGAGAUGCUCAUCUACAAGUCAGGAUUCGAAAGCAGUUUCUUCAUUAAUUUUCAAAACAGUGUAUGUAAAUUAUACAACUUCCUGAAACACGUUUUUCUCCUCGUGUCGUCAUGGCUGGUCGUGUGUCUCUCCGUGGAACGAGUGCAAGCCGUGUGUUUCCCGUUCAGGAAGAAGCUGAUCCGCAGAAGAAACAGCGUGUUCAUUCUGGUGGUCCUAAUGAUAGUCAUCCUCUCCUUAACCCAGAUUUAUCGAGUUCUAUUUAUAGAAAACGUGUACGGACGGUGCAGUGCAGCGGAAGAGCAUUUGAUCCUUUACGUUUACCUCCACCAAUACGUGUAUCACCUGGCUCUUCUCUUUGGGCUUCCCUGCAUCAUCGUCCUGUCCUGCAAUCUCGCGGUCAUUUACCAGAUUUAUGUCAUCAGAAAAGAGGCGGGAAAUGACCGGCCGCGAUCAUUAAAUAACACGCGGAAAGCCACCACCAUGUUGCUGUUGAUCGGGUUUGUAUUCGUUAUUACCAUGUUUCCUCAAUUUGUGGGUACCAGCAUUAUUCUAUACUACGCGGAGGAGAGCAGACAGCAUAUAGGACGGUAUCUGUUGUUGAAUAUGAGACCGUAUUUCGAACUCUUCGCUGUAGUAGGUUAUGCCAACUACUGCAUCAAUUUCUUCAUAUAUGUUCUUUGUGGAAAAUCGUUUAGGCGGGAAUUACGACGUGUGUUUUCACGUACACGACGGGGAAGUUUCUUUGGGGGAACGCGAACUAGAACCAAAGAGGAAGUGAUGCGGUUACAAUGAUCAUUUAAUCGGAAGUGACGACUUAUAUUGAUAUGUUACAAGGAAGUGACGUGUUACAAUCAAUGAUUAGUUUACAGGUUAUGACGUAUUACAAAGAUUAUGCUAUGUAGUUUAUAUACAAAACAUGGAAGUUUUAUUUUUGAAUGAUUCAUUAGAUCAAACAGUAAAUCAAAUGAGUACAAUGAUUAGUGAAAAGAAAGUUUUGUUCGAAUGCAGAGUUAAACGAAGGAAGUGAUGACGCAGUAAUAAGCAAAUUGAAUAUCAUAGGAAGGCGAUGACCAGCUGAUAUGAUUACUUAAAUGGUUAGAGCAAGGAUAGAAUUAUAUUAUUACUGUAAUAAUGAAUAUGGUAGGAGAUACGAUGCAGUUUAAGUCAAUCAAUGAACUACUUCAUUAAUAUAUUUAAAAGAACUCGGUUGUAUUGAACUCACUGUUAUGAGGACUGAUUCAAGGGAAACAUCCUGCCAAGUUUUGAAAUAUGUGAAGAAUUAUUUGGUUGUGAUAUUUGUUGGCCAUAAGUAAUGUCAUGGAUCUGAUAAUAAAGACAAUGUAAAUAUAUCUACCACACGGAUA